CCCUCCCCCCCCCCCUUCUCUCUCCACGCCACCACCGCCCCCAGUCGCCCGUGCUUCGAAACCCUAGAAGCACGCAUCACUCACCUCCCUCACCUCACCUUACCCGCCGGGGAACGAGCGGAGGCCAUGGCCGCGGAGAACUACUGGAGGUACGCCGACGCGCGGCAGCAGCAGCAGGCCAUGGUGGCGGCGGCGGCGGCCGCGGCCGGGAUGGGCCCCUCGCAGACGGUCAACACGGCCCAAACAGUUGCGGCGGCGGCAGGCAUGGCGCAACAGGCAGCAGCCAUGGCGCAGCAGGCCGCUGCGCCGUCGCUUAAGCGCGCGCGCCCCGACUUCGGAGAUGUGUCCACAGGACAAGACAUGACAGGAUAUUACCCUCGUGAGACUGAUAGGGCAGGUUACCAUUCACUGAGAGAGAACGAAGCAAUUGGAGCAUCUUAUGACCGCUACUUGCGCAAUGGGAUGCCCACUGUUGGGGCCAAUGACACUAGUAGGGCAGUUGUUGGCGGGAUGGCAGGUGCAAUGAGUGGUGGGAUGGCAGGCUAUCCUGUUGAUGAUCGUCGAAUGAUGGGUGUAGUCGGUAUGGACAGCAGAGGGAUGGGCUAUGGUGCCAGACCUGAGCCUCCCCUCCCACCAGAUGCAUCAAGCACUUUGUACAUUGAAGGCUUACCUGCAGACUGCACACGGCGGGAGGUUUCACAUAUAUUUCGCCCAUUUGUAGGUUUCCGUGAAGUGCGGCUUGUUAACAAGGAGUCCAGACACCCUGGUGGAGACCCCCAUGUCUUGUGUUUCGUUGAUUUUGACAACCCUGCCCAAGCUACUAUUGGUCUUGAAGCCUUGCAAGGUUAUAAGUUUGACGAACACGAGCGCGACUCAGCCCAUUUGCGGCUGCAAUUCUCACGCUUUCCUGGUCCGAGGUCAGCUGGCGGGCCUCGUGGUAGGCGUUAAGACGUGCGGGCCUUGUGGCUGCCGAACCUAUCGUUUAUACGAGCGAUCAAACGGCCACGGCGUAACGCUUCUAUAUUGCGCUGAAAUCUCCUUCGUCGGCUUUCUUGUAGGGUUCGUCCACUCAUUUUGUGAAAGCGUGAAAAUGAGAACACAAUAAUUCAGUCUCCUUCCAUUAGAUUGGCGUACCGUAUGUUAGAAUGGAACUUUAAAGUUAUUCGACACAUUGUAUCUGCUCCCUUAGUUAUUAUGGUCUACUGUACUUUAUUUCGGUUCUGCGUGUCUGAGUCUGAGACAAUGACUUUGUUGUCCUGUGAAUUGUUAUAUCUUCUGAAAACCAGAUGUUUGUUGUUA